GUUUGGUGAUUCGAGGAAGAAGGAAAGAUGCUCAAGUUGACGAGGUUGAGGAUCUACCCCUUCCUGAUCGGCGCCAACAUCUUGUUCUUCUGCUGCUACUCCUACAGCUACCUGAGCCACAAGGCACAGGGCGACGCCCCCCACACCUCCCACCUCUCGGCGGUCGCCGGACAACACUUUCCCGCCACAACCCUCCUCAACCACGGCCAGGUCGCCACGGUGCCAAGAGCCACACCCCCCGCUCGACCACGCCCACAAAGCAAGACCACGCCCCCGGAACUAGGAGUAGUAGCUUCCCAGGACCCAAAGUCGGAUUAUAAAACUCUCACGAGGAGGUCUGAAGCUGCUGCUCCGACUCGAUGACGACACGUUCGUGCACGUGCAGAAGCUGAUCGAGCUGUGGGAGUCCAAGCACUCCGGGGAGAGCAGCACCAUCAUGUGUGAGGCUGUCUACAACGACCCGGUACGCCGCGCGGGCCGCUGGAGGGUGUCCCAGGCAGAGAUAAACGCCACAAGGUACAGGUUCCAUCACUGCCUGGGCUACUUCGCCGCCCUCAGCCCCGGUCUCAUCCCCAGAAUGCACGCGGCGGCAAAACAGCUCCAGUUUUUCUGGAUCGACGACGUGUUUAUGUACGGCAUGGUGCCCAAACUUCUGGGUGACGUCAAGUUUGACCGGAAGAGUAACCCGUGGACGAGGAACGCGGGCCUGUUUGAGGAUUGUCUGGAGGUGAAGGGGGACAAAUGUCCGCACCUGGUCACCAUAGCCAACUUCCGCAAGUUUGAAACGUUUCUGCGCUAUAUCAAGGAAAAGGUUGGAUGAUGCUGGCUAUAUCAAGGAAAAGGUUGGAUGAUGCUGGCUAUAUCAAGGAAAAGGUUGGGUGAUGCUGGCUAUAUCAAGGAAAAGGUUGGAUGAUGCUGGCUAUAUCAA